AUGGCGCACCAAUCCGCGCGCCCGGUCGUUUCCGUUGCGCUUCUCGUUUUGGGAAUUGCCGCAAUUUUGCUUCUCACGAUUCCCACCGAGGACAUCAGGGAAGAGCCCGAGUUCAUGUACGGGAUUGUCCUUGAUGCGGGUUCCUCCCACACCGCCUUGUACAUCUACAAGUGGCCAGCAGACAAGCAAAAUGGCACGGGCGUGGUCACGCAGCACAGCGAAUGCCACGCCAAGGGCGGUGGGAUAUCCAGCUAUAAAGGCCAAAGGGGAGCGGCGGGGCAGAGCCUGGAGCCAUGCCUAGACCAGGCAGUAAAGGACAUCCCCAAAUCCAGACACCACCUCACACCUGUGUACCUAGGAGCCACAGCUGGCAUGAGGCUGCUCCGCAUCUCCUACGCAGAAGAAUCGUCUGAGAUUCUACAGGAAGUGGGGCAAAAAAUCCAGUCCUAUCCUUUCAACUACCAAGGUGCAGCCAUACUGACGGGCCAGGAGGAGGGCGCGUAUGGCUGGGUCACUGUCAACUAUCUACUGGAGAACUUCAUCAAGUAUGGCUUCGUGGGGCACUGGUUAAGCUCCGACAGGCCAACCGUGGGAGCUUUGGAUUUUGGAGGGGCAUCUACGCAAAUAACAUUUGCGACUCAGGAUGAAGUAGAGGAUAAGAGAGACAUGAUAAACCUCCGUCUGUAUGGCCAGACGUACUCCCUGUACACACACAGCUUCCUGUGCUAUGGCCAGGAUGAGGUCCUCAAGAGACUGCUGGCCCACUUGAUCGAGUCACAAGGUUUCUCGGGGUCAGUGUCUCACCCCUGCCUUCCUGCAGAUCUUGGCAUAGCUGUAAAGCUGGACAAGGUAUUCGACUCCCCCUGCACAGCAGACCGGAAACCCAGCCUGAACAACUCCCAGGAGGCCUUGAUAGUACAAGGCACUGGACAUUAUGAAUAUUGUCUGAGCAAUGUGUCUGAGAUCUUCUCCUUUGACAGCUGCCCCUUCUCCAAGUGCUCCUUUGACAAAGUAUUCCAGCCAAAUGUCACCGGCAGCUUCAUGGCGUUCUCUGCGUUCUUCUACAUUCACUCGUUUCUGCAACGGAUAACUGGUAUCCCUGUGAGAACUCCUUCACAACUGGCGGAAGCAGCCAAAAUGAUCUGCAACAUGGGUUUCGAUGAGUUGGCACUUCUGGCCCCAGACCAGACAUCUCAUUUACAGGACUACUGUGCUGCCUCGGUGUACAUCCAGGUUCUCAUAAUGAGAGGAUAUGGUUUUGACGAGGCUUCUUUCCCCCGCAUUUCCUUCCAGAGGAAGGCGGGGGACACGUCUGUGGGCUGGGCCCUUGGCUACAUGCUGAGUUUGAGCAGCCUGCUGCCGUCAGAGGGUGUGGCGCUGAGGAAGGCCCUGACACCUGGAGCCUGGGGAGCGCUUAUCUUCCUCUCCGUCCUCCUCCUCGCCUCAGUCCUGGUCUACAGCUCAUUCCAAGCGUUUGGCGGGAAGAAGAGAGGCGACAGCAGCACCUCCAUCUAG